CACUUGUUAUCAUUUAGCGAUGCUUGGCUGUUUCACAGUACUACUGCAAGCCUGAUGAGGUUGUUGUUCUGUUGUUCAUAUAAAAUUUUCAAUUGAUUUGUUUAAAAUAAAUAAAACGCUAAUUAUAAUUCGAACUUACACAACAACAGCUACAACAACAUCGAUACAAUUGCAACGCUUUGGUUUUAUCUGUUUACCCCCCUCCCCCCGCACACACAGCUAAAUUUUUCUACAUUUUAACUCGCAUAAGUAGUUUAUUUAAACAUCUAUAUCCUGUCUAUAUUGUAAAACGCAAGACUAUCCAAAAAGCAAUGUCGGAUCUUUUUACCACUUUUGAUAGCAACAGCGGGCAACACGACACACCAAUGGCAUCGCCCUCACAACACAGCCCCAUGACAAACAACAGUAAUUCAUCCACACAAAACGGUGGCACAACAGCGUCUCAAGCAGGCGCUGGCGGUGCUGGUGGUGGCGGUGGCGGUGGUGGUGGUGGGAGCGGUACAGGGGCUAGUGGUAAAAGCACAAGCCACACCGCUGCAACGGGCGCGGAGAAUACACCUAUGUUAACGAAGCCGCGUCUCACAGAGCUGGUGCGUGAGGUGGACACCACCACGCAACUGGAUGAGGAUGUGGAAGAGCUGUUGCUGCAAAUCAUAGACGACUUCGUCGAGGACACCGUCAAAUCGACAAGCGCCUUUGCCAAGCACCGCAAAUCAAACAAAAUUGAGGUGCGCGAUGUGCAGCUGCACUUUGAGCGAAAAUAUAAUAUGUGGAUACCCGGUUUUGGCACAGAUGAAUUGCGUCCGUAUAAACGUGCUGCAGUUACCGAGGCGCACAAGCAGCGACUAGCAUUGAUAAGGAAAACUAUAAAAAAGUACUAGAGGGGGGCGGACGGGUGCUAUGCAGGGUUUCUUGUUUGUCAAUAUAAUUUUUAUGAUACUUUCAUGAAAGAACACUCCACUUCAUUUUAGGCACAUUCAAUUUAGAGUAUAAGCAGCAAAGUUAUAUCACGGCUAAACAAUAGUUUACAAUUAAUAUCAUUUACUUAAAAUAUACACCAAAAUGCAAUAAAUGCAAGCGCAAAAGGCAAAA